GUUAAUUUUCCCCCUCACAAGCUUACCCGUUAUCUUAAACAUCCCGGUAUUACUGAUAUCGGCAUUUGGCAAUGAAGCAUUUAUUAUUUAAGUCUUCAUGCUUUCGUGGUUUCUAAUCUAUCCGUAUUCCGUAGAUCUAUUUUGUCAUGUUGGUUUCUAAUGUUUCUAUCUAAUACUUUAUAGUUUAUAGUGACCAAAUGCCCAGUGACUAGUGACUUCGUACACUUCGUACUCCGUGGUCUAUUGAUCACCGAUCAACACUGAUCAAUAUAUUAUCAUUGAUUAUAUUAAGAUUUCAAAUUUCAAUUUUUCUAAUUGCUAUUAAGUAUAGUCGUAGAGAAUAAAUCUAUAACCGUAUAAAUUAUUUUUGUUUACCAAUUGCCAAUUACCAGACGGAGAAGUAGCUUAAGUAAGAGUUGUGACCACAGACUGUGGCUUGUGCUUUUCACACACAGCUGACAUAAACACACAAAAGUUAAUGUUUUGAUAAUGGAAUCAUUAUAUGGUUUACCUUUUAAAGUUCUUGAAGUUCCAAAUCUGCGUUUAAAGCGACCGUCAUGGUUAAAGAAACCUUCUGCUAUGUUCAUGUAUGUGAUCGUAACAAUCUCAUACUUUUUGGUGACUGGAGGGAUCAUAUACGACGUCAUCAUAGAACCACCUAGUGUAGGUUCGACUACCGAUGAAAAAGGACAUUCAAAACCAGUGGCAUUUAUGCCUUACAGAGUUAAUGGACAAUACAUAAUGGAAGGUUUAGCAUCAAGUUUUCUAUUCAACAUUGGGGGUUUGGGAUUUGUUAUAUUGGAUUUAACCAAUAAUAAAUCAACUCCAAAAUUGAAUCGCACACUUCUAACUGGUGUUGGAUUUGCAUGCAUCAUUGUAUCAUAUUUUACAUGUUGGACAUUUAUGAGAAUGAAGCUUCCGGGAUACUUGAAGUCAUAAGAAAUAAAUAUCAUUGAACAAAACUCACUUUUUUAUUUUUAUUUUACAUGUUUUCAUAAGCCAAUCAAUAUCCUCAACUUAUAUAUUAUAUUAUGCAUCAAGUUGUAAUAAAUAAAUAAUAAUUAAAACAAA